GUGACGUCACUUGCGGCUGCACGCCUUGCUUAGAAGCACGAGUCGCGUGCUAGCGUUGUUGUGAUCGGCGGAGGGGUGAAGUUUGUACGCCCCGUGUGUCACCCAGACUGUCAACUUGCGAACAGUCAAUGACGAGAAAAGAACAGUUUUCAUUGCUUUGUACGACACAUACACGAUCACAGAAGGAUUUGCUGUACAGCGUUCACGAUUCUCCAACUUCAAAUAGAUAUGAGAGAUUGUGUCGCAUGUUCACCGUGACCCACAGCGCACACAAAAAAAGGGCGAGCGUAGAGUUUACUGAGUGUAAUCUCCUAAGUGCAUGAUCGUACCUGUUCCUCUAGGGUGCAGGUAUGAUAAACAAGGAUCGACACGCGAGUGAAAGUAAAGUUCAGUUUGAUUAGCCCCCUCUCCCCUUCUUUAGUAAGCAGGCGAAGAAGAAGAUGUAGUCCGUCUCAGUUACGAUGGAGUUGUUACUACCACUCGACAAGACACACGAGUGUUAUUCAAAAGAAAGUAGACUGGCAGCGAAAACGAAGAUUGCACCGCCAGUGGUGAACGAACACUGUACACCUGCAUAGCUCAGACGGCGGCAGCGUUGACUAGAGGAAAACAAUGUGGCACUGAGCAAAUGUGGUACCAUGGAAUAUUUUGUAGGAUUGUUCACUAGCGUGUAGUGUGGCCUAGCAGCAGACUUCUGGCUACAUCUAUAGCCCCCUUCAUCAGACCAAAGAGCCGCCUUGGAUACUCUGGAUGAAUCAUGGCCGAAAACGACUACAUGUCUAACCCGUUGGUGCUCUGGAUUGACACCUUCCGGCCACCAGAUUCCAGACCAUUGGAGUAUAAAGAUUUAUAUGAUGGAGUAUUCUUAAAUGACAUCAUGCAGCAGAUAGACCAGCGACCAUCCUAUGGAGGUGUGCAAAGAACUGUAGAGGAUGUUUCCACACGGAUCCUAAACUGGGAUAUUCUCGUCAAGAACAUUCGAGCUUACUACCUUGAAGUUCUACAGCAGAUCGUCAUCUGGCGACUACCGAACAUCCAGGCCAUUUGCAGGGAGCCAGAGAAAGACACCAGCUUCAAGGAGGUUCGCAAGACGCUGCUGCUGAUCCUGGGCUGCGCCGUGCAGUGCGAGCAGAAGGAGGACGUCAUCGAGAACAUCAAACGGCUGGACAUCCGAGUGCAGGAGGCCAUGGUGGAGCACAUCAAACAGAUCACUGACGACAGCGAUGCUGUUAUCGCCAUCGAGCCUUCGGACAACUUGGAGGCCCACGCUGACAAGAUGCUGCGCCACAUCACUAGACUCAUACGAGAGCGGGACGAACAUGCCGAGUUCCUGCAGGACAUGACGCAGGAACGAGACUUCUACCUGUCGCAGGUGGAGGGGUGUCCAGCACCGGCUGCAGCCGCGUUGACUCCUGACAAACAUCACCUGGCAGUGGAGCUGGCCGAGUGUAAGGCCAAGCUGAGGCACACCCGCCAGGAGCUAGAGGACCGUCAAGAGCUGCUGUCAGACCUGAGGGACGAACUGGAUUACACCAAAACAGAUCUCGCCAAAAUGAAACAGGAGAACGCUGACCUGGUGCAAGAGGCGCGGACAACGCGGUCCUUGAGAGAUGAGCUGGACAUUUUGAAAGAAAAGGCCAGCAAAGUGGAUACCUUUGAGAAGGAGAUACUCAAGUAUAAAGAGCGGCUCAAUGAACUUGAAUUUUACAAGGCCAGGACAGAGGAGUUGCGAGAAGAAGUGCACAUCCUAGAUGAGACACGCACAAUGCUGGAGGAGCAGCUAGCUACAAGCCGGCGGCGCGUUGAGACAGUUAUAGAACUAGAAAACAAGCUUAUGAAGUACCAUCAACAAAUUGAAGAGCUCCAUGCAGAACGCGAUCUUGACCGUGAACGGAUCGAGAUGCUGACUGAAGAGAAUGCAAGGUUAGAGUUUGAAAAAAAGUCAAGGAUGAAUGAGAGUGCCAGCUUGGAAAAAGAACUUGAAGAUGCAAGGGCAAAGGUUGGAGGCAUGAGAGGGUCAUUGUCAGACCAGCUUACAGAGACCUCAAAUGCCAAGAUACUUCGAUUAGAACUGGAGAACCAGCGGCUGUCAUCCAAAGUGCGAGAAAUGGAAGAAGGUGCUCUGAUUCAUUCUGCAGAGCUGAAUCUGCAGCUGGAAAAGGAGAACCAGCGCCUGCUUAAACGCAUUGAAAAGCUUCAGGAGUCUGUACAGGAGAGCACACAGAAGCUUCUGGAAGCAGAAGAAGACCAAACAAAGCGAGAUGGUGAGAAAAGGAGCUUGCAGCAAGCAUUAGAGAUGGUCAAGGAGAAUGCUGACAGGCAGGUGCGUGAACUGGAGCAAGAGAACAUUCAGCUCAAUCAGGUCAUCGAGACACUCCGUGAACGCAGUGAAAACAACGAUGCCAAGAUGAAGGACUUGGAGCGUGAGAACAAGCGCUUGUUGGAGACUAUCAACACAAAGAACACCCAGCUGUCCAAGAUGGAGUUUGAGAGUAGACAGUUAAAUCGCUCAUAUGCCAAACUCAAAGAAAAUGUUGACAGUAUUUCCGAGCUUGAGCAGGAGAACAGUGCUCUGGAGAAAGAAAACAGUGACCUGCAUCAAAAAGUGACCACCUUGCAGCACACCUGUGAUAAAUUUGAACAGCUGGAACAGGAGUUGUCUGACAUGGAAGUUGAAAACAGGAAGCUUCAAAAGACAGUUGGGUCUUUGCAGGCUGAAGCAAAAAAGACAGAACAAUUGGAGAAGGACAACAUAAACUUAACUGUAGAAAAACAGAAACUAGAAAGGACUAUUGAGAACCUCAAAACUUCCUCAGGCAAAGUGGCAGAACUAGAAAGCGAGAAAGACUUGCUGAACAAGGAGCUUCAGCAAGUGAAAAAGUUAUUGGAAUCUCAGAAAGCACAGAAGGCUAAACAGGAACAGCUUGAGUUCGAACUUCUGGACUUGGACAAUGAGAACCAGCGGAUGCAGAAAACACUAGACGCCACCAAGAAUCGCCUACAGCAGCUGGAGAAAGACAAUGCUGACAUUGAGGCUGAAAACGAACAGUUGCAGAAGCAGAUGGAGUCUUUCAAGGUGUCUUCCAAGAAGCUUGAGGACAGUGAAAAGGAGACGCAGGAGUUGGAAGGAGAGCUGGACAAGUGUCGCAAGGAAAAGGCAGCUGUGGAGAAGGAGAACCGCAAGCUGCGCCAGUCUCUAGACAUGAAAGAUGCAUCACUGGAUGAGGUAAACACAAAGUUGCACACACUGGAACAGGAUUACAAGAUGGCCAAGCGAAAUGUGGAGCAGCUGCAAGCCACAGUGGCAAGAGUGAAAGAGCUUGAGAAAGAAAACAAGGAAAUGUUCCAGGAGAUGAACACGGAGAAGAAGACUAUCGCCACUUUGAGAGAAGAGCUGGUGAAGGAGAAGAUCAAAAAUCAGGAAUUGUAUAACCAGCUGGAGAAGCUGAACCAGGAACUGGAGUUCAUUGGCAUUAACAGGCAGAAGUUGGAACAGGCCGAACAUUCCCAGGGUGAAAAUCGACUGAAGGCCCUAGAGAGUCUGAUGCAGGAAACACUGAAGAAGAACAGUGAGAUCAAAGAUGAGAAGAUUCAGGCUCUGGAGAUCAGGCUUGAAGAAUCCAAAAGCCGUAACCUUAAACUGCAAGAAGAGUUGCACCAUGUCAGGCGGGAAAGUGAAGCUGUCAAACAACGAUAUGAGGAAGAAAUGGCAUCGCGGGCCUAUAGAGAGACAGCCAACAUACCAAGGGACAGCCAGAGAACCACAGUACAGUAUGUGCAUGCCCACCCACCUCAACCCACGAAGGAGAUCUUGGAGCUGAAAGACCACCUGGUGGAUUUGGAGAGAACGAACGCCACCCUCCUGGCAGACAAGAGCAACUUACAGGCUAUGCUGAGCACUAUGUCUGAACAGUGCCAGAAGCUAGAGAAGCAAGCUGCUGGUCUGCAGUCACAUGGCACUGCCUUGCAAACCCAGAUCAAUGCCCUUCAGUCCCACAAAGCGCAGCUGCAGGUGGAAAACACAACCCUACAGUCUAAGAGUGCCUCCUUGGCUUCAGAAAAAUCUGAUCUUCAAACACAGUUGGCGAAUCUGGAGGCCGAACACGACGCUCUCAUCCAGCGGCAGGAAGACUUGUCAAGGCGUAAAGAUGCCCUUUCUCGUGACUACGAAUCAUUACAAGAUCUGCAUAAACAGCUGUCGCUUGAGUAUGAAGAGCAGAUCUCAGAACAUGGGUCUCUGAAAUCCAUCCAUAAAUCACUCAAGUCUGAACUGAAAGAUGCACAAGAACAGCUGGAUAAAUUUCUACAGGGAAAAAAUGAUGUCAACAAAAUUCGAGACAUGCUGGAAAAGGAACGCCAGGAACUUCAGGCAGAAAAGAGGUCUCUGGGCAACCUCCAGGCAGAUUACAGCCACUUGCGAGACGAGCAAAGCCAGCUGCGCAUUGCCUAUGAUCGACUAAGCAGAGAUUACACUGACUCGCUGGCCAGCCAUAAACAGUUGAAAAGUGAGCUAAACUCUCUGCAGUUGAAACACACAGAACAGUCGGGACAGCUGAUUGAGUAUAAGGAGCAGCUAACAUCCACAGUCUUGGAGGUGGAAAAAGCUGAAAAUAGACUUGAGGCAAUGUACCAGGUCAAUGAGCGGCUUGAGAACGAAAAUCAGACGCUACUGAUGCAGAUCAAGCAACUGCUGAACCAAAACCAAGAACUGCUGACACAGGCCCUUAACAGCAAGGAUCAGUAUGCUGAAGAGGCAAAGAGUUACAUGGAGAAGCUGGCUGAGCUGCGGAGGCAGAAAGAAAGGCUGGAGGAGAAGAUUAUGGAGCACUACAAGAACAGGAUGAAUUCACCAAAAAAGAACAGGGGCAUUGGUGCUAUGAUUGCCAGAAAAGCAAGGAACAUUAUUUCAAGGGCUCCUAGACGUAGUAAGAGCCGCCCUGACCUGACAACACUGGACAGCUCAUCUCAAGGAUCUGGUUCUCACGGAGAUUCUUCGGAACACAUCAGCGAAAGCAAUACUAGUAGAAAAUCUGCAUGGCCAAACAACAGACGACAUAGUGUUCACGAAUUGGCGUUUACUGAGGACCACAAUCUCGACAAGCAAAACAAAAGUUUGGCCAAAUCUUACAGUGCCUUGCCCAUGGCAGGUUCAACUGAGAGAGGAGUAGAUGCUGGGCAAUACAUGCGAGGUGCAAAAACUACGGAUGACUUAGAAAAAGAACCAGCAAGAACGGAAGAUGAAACAGAUGGAGGUUUCCGCAUGUCGCAUCUGUCACCACAGAUAGAGGACCGACAAAAGGAGUAUCCCCUGGCAGUGAGAUGCUGACUCUGAAACAGUUUUUGAAGGAGGCAGAGAAGGAGGCUAUCAAAUCACCUGUAACAAUCGAAGAAUACAGGAAAGAAGACGCAGUCAAGAAGAUUCCGAAUCCCGUAGCAGUGAAAGUUCUGAUCACAGCAACAGGGCACUGCAGCGCCUGCACACACUGUCUGCUGCACAGCAGCACCACCAGCGCCUCAUGAG